AUGCGUUCUCUGACCUUUGCAAGUCUCUUGCUCACUGGGGCGCUCGCCCAGAAGACACAAGUUAGCACCACUGUCUACGACCAACUCUCUCGUUACGCGCGCUUCGCUUCGGCUUCGUACAGCUCAAGCUGCACGAAUCCUCCUUUCGGUUCGAGUGUCGCGAAGAUGUUCAAUGACCAGAAGACCGAUACUCAGGUGACACUGUUCCGUGACGACAGUGCCCAGGAGUACAUCUUGUCGUUCCGGGGGACCUCCAGCGUCCAGGACUUUGUGACAGACUUGCAACAGACCCUGGUGUCAUGCUCCGCCGCCGAUGGCAUAUCCUGCCUCGGUUGUACUUGCGCCGAGGGCUAUCUGGGGCAAUACGUCUCUGUCCAAGAUGACAUUGUCACCACUUUGACUUCAAGCCUUGCUGCGAGCCCCAACUACAAGCUCAUUGUUACCGGGCACAGCAUGGGCGGCGCUCUUGCUUCCCUGGCCGCCGCGUCACUCAAGGGCCAGAACUUCACGCUUACUGCAUACACCUACGGGCAGCCACGCACAGGGGACCAGGCGUACGCAGACUACGUCGACACGGUGUUCCCAGGCGCAAACACAAUGAUCCGCGCCACUCACUCGAACGAUGGCGUCCCGCAGAUUCCACCCCAGUCGGACGGAUAUCGCCACCACACGACCGAGUACUGGGAAAGCGACGACUCCUCGACGGCCGAAGGGACUUACCAGUGCACCGGACAAGAACCUCAGGAUUGCAACCAGAGCGAGAAGGGGUACGGCAUCGGGAAUGGAGGGGUUGGCAUCAACCUUGCUCACCUUACGUAUUUUGGGAUCAGCAUUGGGAACCCACUGAACCCCAACGCAGCUUGUUAA